CCAGAAAAAAAAAAAUGAAGAUGUUUGCUUGGUUUAGCAAGAAGUUACAACACCUUUGUAGCGUUUUAUGUGGCCAACUCACUCUUUCUACCAAAUCACUCUUCUUCCUUGCGGCAUGCCUUUGCCGCUUCCUCCUCCAACAAACCAACCCUCUUUUGGUUCAAAUCAUCUACUUUGUUUCCCUUUCUUCAAUUGGUUUUGGUUUCCUCAAGAUUUUUAAGCCUAGAACAUCAUCACCCUCCUUCACCCCUAGGAACCUUGACUUGUUCUUCACCUCCGUUUCAUCCGCCACGGUUUCGAGCAUGUCCACGGUUGAGAUGGAGGUGUUUUCCAACCCCCAACUAAUCACCAUUACCAUUUUGAUGUUUGUAGGUGGUGAGGUUUUCACUUCCAUGGUAGGGUUACACUUUAUUAGGUCAAGGCUCAAAACCGAGUUAGAUAAAAUUGCUGCCUCUCAUGCUAGGCUUAGUACAACACAACCCAUUAUUGUUGAUGACCAAAUUGAACUUGGGUCGAUCUCAAAAUCUAAACUUGAUGCUUCUAAACCCGAAAACGACGACGUUGAUGAUGAUGGUGAUGGUGAGGCUAUUGUUAGUGCGUAUGAUGAAACUUUGCAUAGUUCUUUUGGUGCCACAAGUGAGAACUUGAGGUACUUGUCCAUGAAGCAUUUGGGUUUUGUAAUUCUAGGUUACCUUGUAGUUGUCCAUGUCAUAGGGGUUUUGGGUGUGUCCCUUUAUAUUGAAGUUAUUUCUAGUGCUAAAAUGGUGCUGAAGAAUAAGGGUCUAAAUAGGUUCACAUUCUCUGUUUUCACCGUGAUUUCAACUUUUGCAAGUUGUGGUUUUGUUCCAACUAAUGAAAACAUGGUUGUUUUUAGAAAGAAUUCGGGUAUGCUUCUAAUGCUUGUUCCUCAAGUGCUUCUUGGGAACACAUUGUACCCUUGUUGCUUGAGAUUUUGUGUGUGGUUAUUGGGAAAGUUUAACUAUAAGAAGAAAGAGACAAGGUACCUUUUGAAGAAGACAGAGGAGGUUGGUUACAAACACUUGCUCUCAAGGGAGUAUUCUAUUUUCUUAGUUGCCACUGUUUUUGGGUUUAUUGUGGUUCAAAUUGUGGUGUUUUGUUCAAUGGAUUGGAAUUCACAAGGUUUGGUGGGAAUGAAUGUUUAUGAGAAGUUUGUUGGUGUGUUGUUCCAAAGUGUGAAUUCAAGACACUCAGGAGAAACAAUUGUGGAUUUGUCAAUACUAUCUUCUGCUAUCUUGGUCUUAUUUGUGGUCAUGAUGUACCUUCCUCCAUACACCUCUUUUCUUCCAUUGAAAGAUCAUGAGAAGGAUUCAGAAAUAAGAAAGAGAAAAGGAAAAUUAAUGGAAAAUUUGAUAUUCUCUCAGCUCUCCUAUUUAGUCAUUUUCGUCAUACUAGUGUGCAUAACAGAGAGGAAGAACCUGAAGGAGGAUCCUCUCAAUUUUAAUGUUUUGAACAUUGUUAUUGAAGUUAUAAGUGCAUAUGGGAACGUAGGGUUUAGUACAGGGUAUAGUUGUAAAAGACAAUUGCAUCCAGAAGCAAACUGUGAAGACAAAUGGUUUGGAUUUGUGGGAAAAUGGAGUGAUGAGGGAAAGAUUAUUCUUAUUCUUGUCAUGUUUUUUGGAAGGCUCAAGAAAUUCAACAUGAAUGGUGGCAAGGCUUGGAAGCUCCUCUAAUUUUGUCAAUAUUCUAUAUAACUUAACAUUUAACAACAACCAUCUUUAUAUAUAUUAA